AGGCGAAUGUUUCCGCCGUUCAAGGUUAAACUUAGUAAUCUGGAGAAGCGUGCGAAAUAUAUUGUCCUCAUGGACAUCGUGCCGAUGGACGACUGUCGCUACAAAUUUCACAACAAUUUGUGGAUGAUCGCUGGCAAAGCGGAUCCAGAAAUGCCCAAGCGAAUGUAUCUCCACCCCGACUCACCCUCAACGGGAGAACAGUGGAUGCAGAAGGUGGUCUCAUUUCACAAGUUGAAACUGACAAACAAUAUUUCGGACAAACAUGGUUAUACGAUACUCAACUCCAUGCACAAAUACCAACCGAGAUUUCACCUAGUACGGGCCAGCGAUGUUUUGCGUCUUUCUAGCGCACGAUUCCACACAUACACCUUUACGGAAACACAAUUUCUCGCGGUUACCGCCUAUCAAAAUGAAAAGAUCACGCAACUUAAAAUUGACCACAAUCCUUUCGCUAAGGGAUUCCGUGAAACUGGUGGAGGACGUCGUGACAAGAACAGAAGAACUGAUGGCAUCAGAACCAGCACGAUGAGGACCCAGGGUCAGUCAGAUAAGCAACGUGAAGAUAGCGAAUUUUUCAAUGGCUCAAACCACACAUCUGACACAGAUAAUGAACGGGACGGUGACCCUCUACUCGAUUCAACGGAAAAUCAGACAGAAAAACUUACGUCGUAUCCAGGAUCACACGCGGUGUACAUGCCCCAUGUACGACAAUCAAACAGACGUGUGGGACAGAAACGUCAACUUCCAUUCCUUGAGAACGACGGGAUGCAAAGAGCGGAUUCUGCGACGGCAACAAAUCAGUCACCCGAUGGGAGAGUUGUAGACCUACCGCCUUCUCCAUUGGAACCAAGUCAGUUGAAUGGCUGCUUGGAUCUCACAAGACACACUCCGUUCGAUCCAAAUAUGCGGCGGAGCCGUUUCCACUUGGGGGAAAGCAGUAGUGUUCUGAAGCGACAGUCAAGUGAGAACAGGUCUCCUCCAAAUGUAACAGUCCUUUCCAGAGGUGACCUCAGCCACCAGCUGUAUGAUCUACACCCUAGCACGAUCUCAGUAGUGCAAGGAGAAACAGCACAGAAAUAUCGCCGUCGAGGUACGUGCGAUGCACCUUCUCGAAAUUCCAUAUUACCCAACUCUGCAUUGUUUCGGUCUUCAGACCCACUCUCCAACCAGGCCCAGUGGGUUGAUGCCCUCCGCCCACCUAUGUCGAACGUGACCUCUUCGAUGCAGCUGAACAGUUUAACUGACAGGGUGACAAAUUUGGUCGGCCACAACGAAUGUACUCCUACAGACUCACGUAACGCGCGCACGAUUGCUAGCCCGGCACUGCAUUCACCACACCAACUUGCACUUUUCACAUCGUAUAUAACACAAAAUCCCCAAAUACUUGCACAGAUUUUUUUAUACAUGCAACAACAACAACAACAUCUAGUGUCGGUAACCUCCAUGUCAAAAGGGGAGUUACCCACGAAUCUUUCCGCUAAUGAGCGAACAUUCAGCUGGACUUCAACACAUUCCACAGAAAACAACUUGAUUGUAGCACCAAGCCGGACACAAGUGCACCCAGAACAGCCCGUGUCCCGAUUCUCCAUAUCCGCGUUGACGGAUUCCCUCACUUCAACAAGUAGAGUAUCCACAUCUUACCCUGCGAUUAAUCCGACAGAAAAGUUGGUUCCGGGUUUUGAAAGGGGCCAUGACUUUUCCCCACGUUCUCAAGUGGACAGCACAUCUGAAGCAUCCACGGGAAGAACAAUGGAUAAGACGGUUACAUCCAUAUAAGAAUAAGGGAAAGGAUGAGCGCAACAGGACAUUUAUUUCCCUAUGCGAAUGAUCGGUAUAACAUUACAAAACAGCUUUCAACACCAAAGAGUACACACUACAUCUGUGAUUUAAAUUGAAAGAGUACCCUUCAGUUACAGUAGUCGUGUACAUCAUAACACUGUAUAUUCUCAUCCAUGAGCUAUGCAGGCUUUUCACUUCCAUUCAUCGAGUUUUUUUCAAUUCCAG